AUGCUUCUAUAAAGUCCCACAGAUUGUCACAAAGACUCAGUACUAAUCGCCAUCGUCAUCCCCAACUGUCUCUCCUCUCGCACGCAAGUCAUCAUGGCAACUAAAAUAGUUAUUCAGCAGCCCAAGCCACUUGUUCUGGCUCCUGGUUCUGACCAAUGGUCCACUGGCAUGUGUGAAUGUGACAACCUCAAUGACUGUUGCUUUGCCUUCUGGUGCUGCCCAUGUUUCGCCUGCAUCACAGCCAGAGAUCACGGAGAGUGUCUCUGCCUGCCUCUGCUGGACAGUUUUGGCCUCUUCCCACCCAUCACUAUGGCCAUGAGAGUGUCUGUCCGACGCACCUAUGGAAUUGAGGACUCUAUCUGCAAUGACUGUGUGUUGUCCUUCUGCUGCGGCCCGUGCUCCUACUGUCAGAUAAGACGCGAGCUGAUAGCUCGCAACCACCCCGUCACUCUCUUCCGCAACCGAGUGAAAUAAAGAACUUCAUCGUCAGUCACUAACUGAAUCCUCAGCUCUGAAAAGAAAUAAGCUAGCUUUGAGCGUGUUGGAGAAGUUUGAAAUUCAGUUCUGACCCGAGGAAUGAUGUGGAUUUCAGAUGUAGUCUGCUCAGGGAUGAAGCUCUGAAACUCUUCUCUAAAAAUACAUUAGGAUAACAAACCAUAUUGAUGUUUUUUAUGUAUUGAUGUAGAUUUGGAACACACUGACACACUGUUUGUAUCAACUGUGAAACUAUCAUUUUGAAUCAUGAGGUCCUUUUUAAUUUGGUUUCAAAGCUCUUGCCUUUAGUUAUGUUUUGCUUGUUAUAAAUAUUUGUUAAUAUAUUAUGUCAUUGUACAUGUGUUGAAAUAAAAAGUUUGACAAACUGCA